AUGGACCUCAUCGGCUCACAGACCCCGACUCGCCUUGGCCCACCGGACGUGCACCGCCCAGACUUCAGCACGUACCGUGAGCCCGCAUCGGCUGAGGAGUCGCCCGACGAACUCGACAUCAUUGGGCGUCACUCGCGCGAUGAAUCGCCGGAUGAAAUCGAUUUCCUCACCCAACACCACCGCGCCUUCAUCGCCACAGACGACGACGACCCCACCCUCGACGCCAUCGAGCCCGUCAAAUCGAUCACUAGCGACCCCCAGACCUGGCGCGAAGCAAUGUCCAGCGACGAGCACAACAUCUGGGCUGAGGCCGCCGCCGCCGAGUUCACCGCCAUGCGCGACGACUUCAAGGUGUUCACCAUCGAGCCUCGCUCAUCUGUACCGCCGGGCGCCACCAUCGUCACCUCCAAAUUCGUCUGGAAGACCAAGCGCAACGCAAGCGGUGAAGUCACGGGGCGGAAGGUACGUCUUGUAGCGCAGGGUAACCGACAGCGCGACGGCAUCGACUUCUCAGAAACCUUCGCACCCGUCGCCCGUUUCUCCUCCAUUCGCUGCCUCCUGGCUCUUGCCGCUGCCAAUGGCUACCACGUUCAUCAGGCCGACAUCGACAAGGCUUACCUCCACGGCGAGCUCGAUCAUGAUAUCUGGAUGACGACACCACGCGGUUUCGACUUCCCGAGCGAUAAGGUUCUCCGGCUGCGACGCUCAAUCUACGGUCUCAAGCAGGCCGGUCGCAUCUGGAAUCGUCACAUUGACACAUCACUCAGGAAUCUGGGGUACAAGGCAACAGGCACUGAUCACUGCAUUUACUCUUGCAUUGACGAUCAGCAGCGGCCUCACUAUAUUGCCUUGUAUGUCGACGACCUCCUCAUUGUCAGUCCAGCCCUCGACGAGAUCGAACGUGUCAUCUCCGGCCUUGAACAGCGGUACGGCGUCAAACGACUCGGCCCCGCGGAGUACAUCCUCGGAAUCCAAAUACGCCGCCUGGACGACGGUUCCAUUGCUCUAUCCCAGGAGCGCUACAUCAUGGACGUGCUGGCCCGUUUCCACUUCGACACCACGACACGCGGCACUACGGUGCCGAUGACGCCCGGCCUCUCGCUCACGGCAAUUCCGGGUCAGGGAACGGAGCGCAUUCGUUCGUGGUACCUACAGGCCAUCGGCUCCCUCCUCUACAUCUCCCUUGGCACUCGACCCGACAUUGCCUUCGCCGUCUCGUACCUGUCCCGGUUCGCCAACAACCCCGGCCGCCGCCAUUGGAUUGCCGUCAAACACGUCCUUCGCUACCUUCGCGCCACGUACCGCGAUGAGCUUCUCUAUGCCCGCGGCCCAGCAAAAGUCACGGGUGUGGUUGGUUAUUCUGAUGCGAACUGGGGCGCCUGCGUCGACACAUCCAUUUCAACGAUGGGCUACGUAUUUUACUUGGCAGGCGCCGCUGUCUCUUGGUCGUCGAAGCGUCAGACUCGGGUAGCGGAUUCCACCACUGAUGCCGAGUACCUGGCCUUGUCGCACGCGGGUAAGGAAGCGAUCUACCUUAACCAACUCCUCUCCGAGCUCCACGUUUGCCCAAUCGCUGCAGCUCACAUCUUCACCGACAACGAGGCCGCGGCCGCCGUCGCUCACGACCCCGUUCGCACCUCCGGCACCCGGCACAUUCUGUGA